AACAGUGAUUUCAUAGGUGGCUGACAGGAAGGUGCAGGGGAAAUGAGAUGAAUCAUGUUCUGUUUUAACAGUUUGUUCUUUUCCAAGCUGAGUGGAGACGCCUGUAGCCACUGUUGUAUUUAGUCAAGUGUUUCUGAGGUUAAAAAAACAACAACAACAAAACAACAGAAAGCCUGGAAUAGUAUUUUUUUUUCAAAGCUGUCAUCAAAUGGAUGUAGUGUAAAAAUGCAGACCCCUCACUCUUCAGCUUUUGCACUUGUGAGGAAAGGAGAAGAGAUUGUGUGAAAGCAGAAACUGAGGAAGGAGGCCUUACAGAAUAUCUCAUCUGCUGCGCUAGGAUUGGCUGAUUGGACGGCUUCUGAGGUGCAGGAGGCGGGGCUUGUCUGAACACAGGCUGCUUAACCAGGACCACAGAUUUCUUAAUGAAUCAGAGGUGUUUCAUUCAUUUGUGGCCUUCAAGUUUGCCUAGUUGUUGCUGGUGUCUGGGCACAAGUCUUGUAAAAAAUGGCUGCAGUUUAGGUUGUUUAGUGGAGUUCCUCUUCAAGCCCAACCCCCUCAUGCACAGCUGGACUUCCCUGAGUUCCUUGUGGGUGGCUGCUUACACCUCAGAUGAGCCACACUGCAGAAGACAGGUCUCUCUCUCUCUCUCUCUCUCUAACUCUGCCUCUCUCUCUAGCUCUCUCUCUAUGUGUCUUUGUGGGUAGUGCUCACUGAACUCCUGCACUAUGAGCAGUGAAGACAGUUUUCCUGAUGUGCAGCCCUUCUCUGCAGGAUGUCCCACAUACAGAUGGCGCUCUCAGAGCGACGCCUCCGGCUUCACGUCCAGGAUCUUCAACAGAUUACGGGGAGCAUGCUCAGUGGAGGGACUGGAAAAAGCUUCUCUGGCCAACUGUGAUGUGGUAGUCGGGGGCUCCUCUCAGCUGAAAGGGAAGGGAAAACUGUCCUCUCUAGGCAAAAUCUUCAAACCCUGGAAGUGGCGGAAGAAAAGAACAAGUGAUAAGUUCCAGGACCUAUCCAAAGUACUAGAGAGGAAAAUUUCCACCAGGCAGACGCGAGAAGAACUCAUCAGGAAGGGUGUCCUUAUUCCAGAUCAAGGUGACAUUUUUGAAGACCAGGUGAACACUGAGACUUUGAAUGGGCAUGCAGUUUCCAGUGGAGUCACAGAAGAGGUGAAAGUGGACAUCGAGUCUCCAGACACCCCCACUGAGGAGAAGACAGAACUAGCUCCAGAUACUGAUGAGACAGAAGAAAAGAAAGAAAACGUGCACAGCCCACAGGCCAGCGUGGCUGGAGCUCAGAGGACCACUUCUAAAAAACAACAGCCCCUGUCCACCAAGCCCUCAGGUGGGGCUGCUGGUCCAGGGGGCAGGAAGGAUGGCAAGACAGGGGGUAAAAAGUUGCCAAAAGGGGCCAGUAAACAGGCCACUGCUCCUCCACCUAAACAAACCUCACGAAACACAACCCGUGGGAAUGCUAAAGCUCCCAAUCCUAAGAAAACUGCAGGCACGUCUAAAAGUUCGUCUCAGGCUUCUGGACAGGCUUCAACAUCCUGUGCGAAGAACCUCAAAGAUGGUGUCUCAGAACUGACUCCAGCAGAGACCAAGCAUGGCAAGAAAACCAACCAGUCCAGAUCUCCCCAACCUCGUUCCAAAGCCCCACCUGAAACAGACAAGACCCGAGGAAGCUCUUCCACGAAAGACCAAAAGAAUGAGACUGAGGCCUCAAGUGCGGAAGAGAAUGCAGUUAAGGAGACGCCUCAGGUUUGUGAAGAUGCUAAUAAGCAGCAAGAUUCUUCUGCAGAGCCAGAGAAAAUUCAGCCCCACAUGAACAAAGCCACACAGGAGACGUCUUUCACAGAGUCUUCGAAUGAACUUCCCUCAAAUGCUGCAGCAGAGCCUCCGAGCACAGAGAAGGAAGCUGAGGGGAAGAGUGCAGCAGAUGGUGACCAACAGACUGAAGGAAGCCGGAAGCCACAGGGGGUCAAUGUGGAAAACCCGGGAGUGACCGUUAUUCCUGACAAUGUUCGAGAGACUCAGGCCAGUGAUUCAGACUCAGACGGGCCUGUGCCCUACAGAGAUGAGGAAGAGGAGGAGGAAGAGGAUGAGUAUACCUCCAGUUCUCUUGCCAGCAAAAUCCGCCGCAGAGACACACUUGCCAUCAAACUCGGCAAUAGGCCCAGCAAGAAGGAGCUGGAGGAGAAAAAUAUCCUUCCAAGAACGUCGGAGACAGAGAGACAGGAACUGCGACAACAGAUCGGCUGCAAACUAGUGAGACGGCUGAGUCAGAGACCCACGACUGAAGAGCUGGAGCAGAGAAACAUUCUGAAACAGAAGAAUGAGGAGGAGGAGCACGAGGCCAAGCAAGAAAUUAAAAGGCGGCUUUCCCGAAAGCUGAGUGUCCGGCCCACAGUCGCCGAGUUGGUGGCCAGGCGGAUCUUGCGUUUCAAUGAGUAUGUGGAGGUGACUGAGGCGAAAGAUUAUGAUCGUCGUGCUGACAAACCCUGGACCAGGCUGACGCCCGCUGACAAAGCUGCUAUACGCAAGGAACUUAAUGAGUUUAAAAGCAAAGAGAUGGAAGUUCAUGAAGAGAGUAAACAGUUUACCAGGUUCCAUCGGCCCUGAGGCGGUCUCCUUCGUGAGUUUUCUGGACCGCUGCCCGCGCUGGGCUCUCUCUUCCUGUCCCUCCACUACGCUUCCUGCUGCGGGGCCAACAGUUGGGCUCCUGUUGCACAUCGGCUGUCCUCUGGCGCUGGCAGCGCUCCGGCUGGCCUGUCUCUAGCCAUCGCUGUCAACUGCCCAGGGGACUGGAGCACAGCUGAACUGCAGAGACACAAAGAGAGAGACUGCUGGACAUGAACAAAUGUGAACGCAGACAGGUGCCUUGGUCUGUCCUGGGAUUUUUAUUUUUUUUUUAAGUUUGAUGUUUUUUUUGUUAUUUUUUGCACACACUAAGGACAAGACUUGUACAUUUUUUGCAAUUUACCACGGCCAUCAAGGAAGAUUCGCAUUAUGCCUCACGCAUACAAUAUAAGGGACAAACAGUGACUUCUCCUUGACAAGCCAUUGUUGCAUAUCUAAAUCGGCAGUGUGCUGAGGAUAUUUGUUUUGUAUUUGUAACUGUUUUUAAAGCAGUAUUACAGUGUGGAGUCCCAUAGUAGCUCUGAAUAUUCAUGCAUGUGGAAAGCAUUUUAAAAAUCAUACUCACUUGAUUCUUACCAUUACUUUAAACCAAGCUGAAAAGGACAUUUAAACCAUUAGAACUGUUUAUUAGCGUUAUUAUUCUCUAUCCAGACUGGUAGUAUCCAUAAAAGUGAAUCAAAGUAGUUUUCUGUUACAUUCAAUUAGCAGUUUUAUGUGAAAGGCUGUAACUUUUCCAGAAAAGACCAAAUGUUUUCAUACUGCUGUUUACUUUUUUUUAAGAUUAUCACCAUCUUUUGGUUUUAGAGUUACAGUCUCUUAUGAUUUGACCUUCAGUUGGACUGAGCUAGGGCUAAAUACUACAGGCAGCAGGUUUAAGUGACAAAACUGGACCCCAAAAAGAAAAAAAAAAAAUAAAAUUUUCUUUGUGAACAGAAACAUCCAAACAUACUACAUACCAGGUUUAAACAAAGGCAGGCAAAUGUGAUAUUUGCAUAAGCAGGUUGAUUUUUGCAUGUUGUCUCAACAAAUGAAACCUCAUCCUUUCACUUCUGAUCUGGACCACUUUGGUGUGCUCUCAGAACACGUGAAACAAAUCAGGUAGAAAAAAUGGAUUUGGAUCAUCAAGAAAACAACAAAUCCAUUUUAAACAUAGCUUGUCUGUAUAAAUAUAGCGUUAUUACAUUGCAUUGUUAUAUGCUGUGGGAUCGAACUAUCUAAUGUCAGAUGAUGUUGCCAGACAUACGUACGUUUGUCAGAUGCUGAGAGUAUUAUUUUAUCAUUGUAAACGCGUAUCCUGGAAAAUGUUUAAAUUAUUUUUAAUCAGUUGUUGUACAGAAUGUGCAUAUAAUACAUGUGAAUACAUCCACUAUGCUGUGAACCAGA